AGGCCCCAACUGUGACGCAGAAUUCCAUUGCCGUCAAGAAUUACUGUUCUUCCUCGGGUCAGGUCGAAGGUAUAUAAGGAAGGUAAACAUGGCCCUGAGGGUGAUCGGGCAAAUCAUCCCAUCGGGAACAACUGUUUUCAGGGCAGCAAAUGUUGCACAGAAGGCAUGUUUAUCCACAAGCUCAACGAGGAGUCUAAGAUAUGGUCACUUAGCCUAUUUGAUGGGUGAAAGAACAACAACACGGUUUAAUCACCUCAGCAGAAUAUUUACUGUGGAUGGAAACCUGUCCUCGGGGAAGGGAGAACUGGCUAAGAAACUGGCAGAAAGCCUGGGGAUGCUCUACAUGCCUGAGGCGGACCAAUUUUACUUGGACAGGGUGCUGGGAGAGAAGGAGCCACUGCACAUUGAUUAUAAUGGGAUGUGCAGUAUGGAGAAGUUCUACGAAGACCCCAAAGCACCUGAUGGAAACAGCUCCAGGUUGCAGUUGUGGAUGUAUCUCAUGAGACUGCUUCAAUACAGCGAUGCCCUUGAACAUCUUUUCUCUACAGGCCAAGGAGUGGUUCUGGAGCGUUCUCCCUAUAGUGAUGAGGUCUUCCUGCAUGCCAUGUUUAAAGAGGGGUACAUCAGUAGGAAUAGUGUAAAACAUUACCAAAUGAUCAAAGAGAUCAGCAUCUGUGACUACGUGCCCCCACAUUGUGCGAUUUACAUCGAUGUGCCGGCUGAGGAGGUGCACACUAAGUUGAAACAGAGUGGCAAGAAUGUCUCCCUGUCAUAUUUGAAGCACAUUGAAGACCGAUACAAGAACAAGUUCCUGCCUGCGAUGAGUGAGGAGGCUGAACUUCUCUACUAUGACACUGAGAAAUCCCAGGAUAUGGAAAUGAUUCUGGAAGACAUUGAGGCUUUGCAGUACAACAAAGGUCCGUGGGUGGAAUUGGACGACAUUGCCCUGCACUACAUCAGGAUCUUAGUGCAAAACAAGAAACGUGUCGUAGACCUGGCCAUAAUACCCAAUUUAAUCCCGGAGAUUACCAUCGGGGCGCAUGAGUUUGACGAGAAGUACCAUGCCUUCAAAUUGCUCCCAGGGAAAAAGUACGCUCCCGGUUACAACACAGACAUGGGGGACAAAAACGUCUGGCUGAAGUGAAGGUUGAUGAUUUCACAGUCUCCUCACUUUUCCAAAUCUCUCCUCUGACCCAUCUGCUCCUCGGCUGAACUCUGGAUUCUCUGACCAGGAUCGGUCCAGCCGCCAUGCAGUGUACAUCCGAAAUGAUAACAUGUGUAUAAAAGAAAAUAAUACAUUUUGAAUCUUAUCUCGUCUUGUGUUUUGUGUGGAUGCUGAAUCUUAGGUGAAAAUAAAGGCAAAGGAAAGUGAAAA